CACGUUUGAUUCUGAACCCCUCAACGCGUUGAGGUAAGACACACAAAUCAAUAUAUACAGCAAAUCUUUGUGUUCAUGGCUUAGCUUCGCUUAAUCUACACCAGAUCUGUAAAACCCAAUUGUUGUUUCUUGAUUUCUGUCAGUUUCUGUACACAAUUUAAUCAUCUUUAGCACUGGAACUUCCAUUGUGAAGCCCAUUAUAGUGAUUUUUAUUUUUUUUUAGGUGUUAUUUUCUUUGCUGGAAAUUUUAGUAUAUCUUGUCAGUUAUAGGGAUUAUAAGGUUAGAAAAAUGUUGGGUCGAUCUUCGAUUUUUCUAUCUCGGAAUGGAAGUUUUCGACCUGAACAUCUGGGUCAGAAGGCACUAGCAAUGAUAGGGAAUCUCUGUUUCACAUUCUUUGUCGUUGGGGUUUUGAUUUUCACUAUAAUUGCUGCGACUUAUGAGCCCGAAGACCCUUUGUUUCACCCUUCAACGAAAAUCACGACAUUCCUCACAUCAAACACCAAGGCCACCUUUAAAUCUGUCGACUCUGUAGUCAAGACUGGUGAGGAUUUCGUGGCGAUGAAUCAGACUGCCUUUGCUACCUUUAUUAACAUCACUGAUGUGGAUAAUGCUGUCGUGGGAACCGAAACUGAGGAGUCAACUGUUUCUGAGACCCAAGAUUGUAGUGGGAAAGUUAACGAACCCAUUAACUGCCGUGAUCCUGAAGUGUUCCAUUUGUUAAUGAGGGCUGCUAUUGAGAAGUUUAAGGACAUGCAUUUUUACCGAUUUGGGAAGCCGGUUAGUGGGAACAACGAUAGUUCUUGUCACAUGGCUUGGAGGUUUAGGCCGAAUGAGGGGAAGGCUGCUGCAUUUUAUAAAGAUUAUAGGAGUUUUUCAAUAGUGAGAUCAGAAAAUUGUACACUUAGCGUCGUCAGAAUUGGGGAUUAUCAUUCAGGUGGGAAUGCCAGGAAGAGAAAGAGAAAGGGGAAGGACAAGGACAAGGAAGGAUUUGAGAAGUUGCCGGUGAAGAUGGAGGAAAAUCCUAUUCUACUGCCAGAGGUUGGAGAGACUGUAAAUGACACACUUCCCAUGGUGGAAUCGGAGGGGAGUUUUAAUGGUGGAAAAUAUUUGAUUUAUUCUGGUGGUGGGGAUAGGUGCAAGAGCAUGCAUCAGUAUUUGUGGAGUUUCAUGUGUAUGUUGGGUGAAGCACAGUAUUUGAACCGGACUUUGGUUAUGGAUAUGAAUAUCUGUUUGUCUAAGAUCUACACUUCAUCUGGUACUGAUGAGGAAGGUAAAGAUUUCAGGUUUUACUUUGACUUUGAGCACUUGAAGGAUUCAGCUUCAGUGCUGGACCAGACUCAGUUCUGGUCCGACUGGAGCCAGUGGCAACAAAAAAAUGGAUUACGUCUCCAUCUCGUGGAGGAUUUCAGGGUCACGCCAAUGAAGCUAGCUGGGGUAAAGGAUACUCUGAUCAUGAGGAAGUUUGGCUCUGUGGAGCCUGAUAAUUAUUGGUACAGAGUGUGCGAAGGCGAGACAGAAUCUGUUAUUCAACGGCCAUGGCACAUGAUAUGGAAAUCCAGACGGUUGUUAGAUGUGGCUUCUGCAGUUGCGUCAAGAAUGAAUUGGGAUUUUGACGCAGUUCAUAUCGAGAGAGGGGAGAAGGCGAGGAACAAGGAGCUAUGGCCUAAUCUUGAUAGAGAUACUUCACCAGAAGCUCUUCUGGCGACUUUGCAAGACAAAAUUGAAGAUGGGAGGAACCUUUAUGUUGCAACAAAUGAGCCAGACACAGCCUUCUUUGACCUGUUAAAGGAUAAAUACUCCACUCAUUUUCUUGAAGAAUAUAAAGAUCUUUGGGAUCAGAGCAGCGACUGGUAUUCAGAGAUGACGAAGCUCGGUAAUGGAAAUUCAGUUGAAUUCGAUGGUUACAUGAGGACCUCUGUUGAUACAGAAGUGUUCUUGAGGGGAAAAAGGCAGAUUGAAACUUUUAAUGAUAUUACUAAAGAUUGCAAGGAUGGUAUUAAUACGUGCACGUCUGCCAGUUAAUCCAUACAAGAGGUUUGGAAUGUGCUGUGUACUUUCAUAUCUAUCUUUGUUGCUUUUCAAAAUGUUUCGAUUGUCAUCAAUGGUAGGUUAGGUUGACAAGUUCUCUUUAUCUUGUACUUUAAAGGUAAAGGUGCCAAUUUGUUUAAUUAGUUGGUUAUCCUCUGAGCUGAAUUAGAUUUUCAGGUUGCAUUUAAGUUAUUGUUUCUUUAUAUUCACUAUUUACAUCUAAUUCCAAAUAAGCUUUGUGAGCA